ACUCCGGCCACAGAUCACGAUCUCUAGAGAUUCAUGAGUACUAAAGUAACGUCCAAAUGUGCUCUCCGAAAGCGGGAAAAGCAUGCAGUCGGGUUUGAUUAGUGUCAGUGAACAGCAGUCUCGAAUCGAAACGAGACUUGAAGCGCACUUUGAAGUGAGCGAAAAUAUGACAGUGAUUUGAGCUCGGCUUGUGUGUGCGUUAUCGGUCCGUGCGGUAUCGGAAUUUGUUAUCAAAAGCUGAUACACACAAAAACGUUGAUGUUUACCGAUAGUGACGUGAAACUAGGCGAAGGAUUGCUAGCUUCGGUCUUUGGUGAUAUUUUAUCAAUUGGAAUUUGCACCAUAAAUAAGCAUUUAGCAGGUGCCAUUGGGGUGACAAAUAGUGGUCAAAACGUAUAGCGACAUCAAGAAAAUCGUGAUCCGAAACAGAUUUACGAACUGAUGCUCAAGGAAAAACAAACAAACAUCAAUCGAGUAAACAGCAUUCAAAACCGGUGUUUUGGGGAGGGCAUUCGCGAACGAAAAUUUCCCGGACCCAUUUCGACCAUCUCGUCCAGUACCGCAUCCAAUAUCGAAAAUUCUUAUCAGUUGUCCUGUCCGCCACGAUAAGCCUUCACUGAAAGAGAUACCGAUACGAGAACCACCUUGAGUGAUCGGGCCGGGAAAUGUCUGCUCAGACUGUGUUGAGGUGUCGACAAGAUAGCAAGUGUUUCUUUCCGGUUGCGUCGGCGUCGGUCAAAGUUUGCGUUUGGAAACUCGAGCAAAAACAGAAACCAGCUUAAGGAAUGUGUGAUCGGUGUGUGCACCAGUGGGAUAGAAGCGAUAUUGCGUCAUUGACUAUUGGAAGUUUUCGAGUGAAUCAGUAGACCACCCCGUUUUGUGCAGAUUCUAGAAACAGAUAAGGGUUUACCUGUCGUCGGCGCAAUCAUUACGCACCAAAGCGCGAAUGCGCGCAGCUAUUUCUGGCUGGGAAGCACAUGAUUCUGCAGCAGCGCAUUCCUGUUGACGACAUUUGAUCGAACCUAGCGGACACCUUCAUGGAAUCGAUGUUUGAUCAUAGUGUUAUCAGAGAAGAUAAAGUGUUAAAAGAAGGCGCGAAGGUGUGCUCGUGGUGAUAAGCUUAUACAAACAGUGUUGGGCGCGGUGAAAUCGAUUGCGCAAAUCGAGCUAAUUCUGCCGAAACAGCGUGACAGUGAAAUGUCGCCAAUCAUCGUCGUGGCUUUAUUUUUGGCGGGCGGAUCUUCCGCCUUUCCGGGAAUGUUGGACGGAAGUGGUGAUUAUGAUGUGGUGGACAUUAGUGAGAAGCCGAUGCAUCCGAUCCCACCGGAUGAGGAAGUGCUGGAUCCAAUUGUUUCCGAGGACGGGUAUUACCCGGAGGACGACGACGAUUAUCACACUGGGCUCGAUACAACAGUAGUGGCACACGAUGAGGGAACCCCUACUUCCGUUCGGACACUACUAGUGAAAAGUGACCCAAUUGAAAAACCGUUUCGUAUUGAUCUGUUGAAACAGCUUGAUAAUGAUAAUAUCAGUGAAGAGCGGCGCAAUGUAAACGAUACGACUGAUGGAUCAUCGGAUUAUGGCUUAGCUGCUGACGUGAGGAUGAUUGAUGCGGAAGAAAAACCUGCGAAUUGUAGCAGCUACAAGAAAUUAUCAACGCAGCCACAGUUCAUCAACAGCACCGUCAGUUUCAUCAGAAAAUGCUGCCCACGGGGACAGAGCUUACAAGCAGCGCAUUGUAAGGCCGGCGAACCGUGGGGUCGGUUCGAUGUAUUACCGAUAGUGGCCCAGUUCUACCAGGAUUGUAUCGAAGAUCUGGAAAUCCAACCGCCCGCGCUCGGGAUCGUGUAUGGAAAUCCCUGCAUCAUGGAGCGCGCAAUGUUCCGGUAUGGCGAGGACACAAAGGAUGCUCUGUACGUGAUCCAGAACGGCUCGCUGCUGGUGGUCAAUGAGCUGGUAGAGGAGUUCGAGAUCUUCAACCAUUAUUGUUUGGACGUUGAGGGGGAAAGUGGAACGUUGGUGGGAUUCGUUUGUCCAUCGGAGAUCCGCAUGGGAAAGGACAUCUUCAAGAGCCAAAUGGUGGCGCUGGCGUUAUGUUUGAUUUUUGCCAUUCCUUUGCUACUGGCAACGGCAUAUUUCUACGUGAUGAUUCCUGAAUUCAACGACAUUCACGGAAAAGCGCUCUCGCUUAAUUGCAUCAACUUUGCAUUCGCGUUAUUGCUGGAAAGUGUGUUUCAGCACAAGACGAAAGGGAAUGGAUCAAAUGACGACACGAUUGUACUGGCCAAUUACGCCGAAUACUAUAUUCUAGCGACGUUCUUCUGGCUGUUGGUGAAUUGUUUGAAUAACUGUAUUCACGCUUGGUACUUCCUCCCGAAAGGAAUCCAAAUCAAGAUUAAGGGCGAGAAACGAACCUUUGCUCUCUAUGCCGCCUUUGCUCAGCUGAUUCCGCUCGUUAUUAUUCUGUACCACUCAGAAAGCGAAGAUCCCAACGCACCGAAGCACUAUUUCUUCAUUCCAAUUAUCGUGAUUAUAGUCCUAAACAUUGGGAGUUUCUUCAUCACAUUCUGGGGCUUCCAAAGAGUCAGCGAUAUGUUGAUUCAGAAUUUCAUCCUUCGCGGUAGGCUGAGCAACACCAGCGAGGCUGCGAACGCAAUGCUAGCUCAGCUGCCAGAUAUCAGAACAGCGGAUGUUGAGAAAGUCAAAUAUAUGACCAAAUACACCGCCAUGCUGUUCAUGGUCAUGUCUGGCGUUUGGUGCAUUACCAUUGCCACCUAUUAUACCACGAGGACUAUCCCAAUUCUGUACGAUAUCCUAUUUGGGCUGCAGGGAAUACUGAUCUUCAUCAUCUUCAUCUGCUUGCCUAGGCCGUUCAGGACGGUGAAGCGAUGGUUUCAGCAAAAUGAGUACUGUGGAUGCAAGGAGGAUCCGGAUGCGGUCAAUCUCAGACGCCGGAGUGGCUCGUACCGGCAAAGCAAUGGAGGAACCAAAGAGACGAUUCCACUGAACAACGUGAAAGCCACUGUGGCAGCCACUAGCUAAGUGUGAUAGCUUGCAUUGUCUGUUUUCGAAUUUCAGUAUUUCACCAUAAGACAGCUUUUUUAACGCUAUUAGCAUGUAGUAACAGAUGUCGUCAUUUGUAGUGUGAUAUGGUUUAAUUUAAUUUAUUUUCAUAAUAUAAACAAGCUUGAUCCAUGAGUCAAUGGACGCUGAUGAUAAGUCAUGAGAAAAAUAAUAUAACUUCAAAAAUAUUGUGACUUUAUUCCCAACUACAACAUUAAAUGUUCACAAGAUACCAUGGGGGUUAUGAAUUUUAUCAUUUUUCAACAAAACUGUCCCUGUUUAGGCACAAAUCAAUCUUCAAGCUAUUUUUUCACAUUGUAGUAUUAAGGCGUGGUGCACAAAUUACGUAAUGAUGAAAAUACGAAUUUUGGACCCCCUUCUUACGUAACGCAAUUCCUAUCUCUAAUAUACAGGAAGUAACACAACCUCGACCUCCCCCACUCGCGUUACGUA